UUCAAAUUUUCAUAUGUUACACAGGGUAUUUGGUUCAAUUAUAAUGUUGAACUUGCUCUAGAUCAGUUUCUUUACAAAUUUUUGGGUUUUUUCCUAGUGAGUUACAUCCACUUUUAUAUGGAAAUAUGCUUUAAAUUAAGUGGUUUUGAAUAAUUUUGCUUUCUAUCUUUAUUGGGUCCUACAUCAGUGGUGAAUCUGUGAUUUAGAGUGAGUGGUUCUAAAUUGGUCUUGAUCUCUCUAUAUAUAUUUUUGAAAUUUCAUGUAUACAUGGUAUUUGGUUCAAUUGUACCCGUGGAACUUGCUCUAGAUCCGCCUCUAUACUCCGUAUGAUCAGCAACAAUUUUCCGGGUGAAAACAUCUAUCACUGGAUCUUUAAGUCCUCUGCUGGAUAAUGCAUGCUUUAGCGGGAUGCUUUCGUUCCAUGAAAUCUAAACGUCCACCUGGUUUUGAGAAGCAUGACUUACUAGCUUCUGAGACUUCUUUUUCUGUUAAUGAAGUGGAUGCGUUGUAUAUUAUGUUCGGAAAACUAAGCAACUCCAUAAUUGAUGAUGGUCUUAUUCAUAAGGAAGAGUUUCUCUAUGCUCUUUUCAACUGUAGCCCUAAGCAGAAUCUUUUUGCACAGAGAGUAUGUGUUUCACCCUUUUUGACGUUGUUUGAUUUGUUUGAUCUUAAGCAUAACGGGGUUAUUGAAUUUGGAGAAUUUGUUCGAUCAUUAAGCAUAUUCCACCCAAGGACUCCUCAAGAAGACAAAAUUGAAUUUGCAUUUAAGUUGUAUGACUUGAAGCACACUGGAUUCAUCGAACGUGAUGAGUUGAAGGAAAUGGUGUUUGCUAUUCUGAACGAAUCAGAAUUGACACUUUCGGAUGAUGUUAUCGAAGCGAUUGUUGAUAAGACAAUUCUAGAGGCGGACAAGAACGGAGAUGGACGGAUUGGUCCAGAAGAGUGGAAGGAAUUGGUCACAAGAUAUCCUUCUAUCAUUAAGAACAUGACUCUACCAUUCUUAAAGGAAGUAACUCAAAUGUUUCCAAGCUUUGUGCUGAUAACUGAAGCUCAAGAUUCGCAACUAGUGUUUGAAAACUGAUCAAUGCCAACUGCCUAAUUCUAUUCUACUGCCGGUGCUCAGAUAUCACCAAGCGUUUGAAAAGUACCAGUCCAAUUUUCCUUUUUUUUUUUUUUUUUUGGAUCAAUAGUUCUGUGUGCUCUUUGGCAACCAUAAACUGUAUACGAAAAGUAUUCACUCUAUAUGAGACACUGGCAGCAACUGUAACAUAACUAAGGAUUUUGGUAAUUUUUCCAUCUCACUGUUCGUAAAAUUCAAUUGAUGAUAUUCAGAUGUACCGAUCUUUCAAUUGCAGAA